CUGCGGGGGAACCUUAGUCGCCCGGGUCUGGUUUCCACGACUCAUUCAGCUCGACGGAAAAGGCGGGGCUUGCGCUCCCUGUGGGAAGCGUGGGCAGUCACCAUGGCGACGGAGAGCUAGGAGCAACGCCCUUUCCGCAGGAAGUGGGUUUCAGCCGCUCCACGUGCUGUCCCUGCCCCCUUCCCGCCCGGCUAGCGGCGGCCCAGCUGCUGCCAUGGAGCCCGCCAGCCUGGAGCAGGUCUUGCGGGAGCUCCUGCAGCCGGACACAGAGCGCAUCCGCCAGGCCACAGAGCAGCUCCGGACCGCCCUUCGCGACCCCGCCGCCCUGCCGGCGCUCUGCGACCUGCUGGCCUCGGCGGCCGACCCCCAGAUCCGCCAGUUUGCGGCUGUGCUGACCCGCCGACGGCUGAGCACCCGCUGGCGCCGGCUGCCGGCCGGACACCGAGAAAGUAUCAAGUCCCUGGUUCUCGCCGCCCUCCAGAGAGAGACGGAGCAUUCUGUCAGCCUUAGUCUGGCCCAGCUCUCAGCCAUCAUUUUUCGGAAGGAAGGCCUGGAAGCCUGGCCUCAGCUCAUGCAGCUCCUCCAGCAUAGUACCCAUAGCCCCAACAUCCCAGAAAGAGAGAUGGGGCUUUUAUUGCUAAGCGUGCUGGUUAACUCCAAGCCCGAGGCCUUCCAGUCCCACCACCGGGAGCUUCUUCGGCUUCUGAACGAGACCCUCAGUGAGGUGGGCUCUCCAGGGCUCCUCUUCUACUCCCUGCGCACCCUGACCGCCAUGGCUCCUUACCUUGGCACUAAUGAUGUGCCUCUUGCCCGGAUGUUGGUGCCCAAGCUCAUCACGGCCGUGAAGACUCUGAUCCCUGUGGAUGAGGCAAAGGCCUGUGAGGCCGUGGAAGCCCUGGAUGAGCUGUUGGAGUGCGAGGUGCCCAUCAUUACCUCCCAUCUCUCUGAGGUCCUCACAUUCUGCCUGGAGGUGGCUAGGAACGUGAGCCUUGGCGAUGCAAUCCGUGUGCGCAUUCUCUGCUGCCUUUCUUUCUUGGUCAAAGUCAAGAGCAAGGCCUUACUCAAGAACCGGCUCCUGCCACCCUUGCUGCACACCCUCUUCCCCAUCAUGGCUGCCGUGCCCCCGCUGGGCCAACUGGAUCCUGAGGACCAGGACUCUGGAGAGGAAGAACUAGAGUUCGAAUUGGUUGGGGAGAGUCCUAAACAUUUCGCCGUGCAGGUCGUGGAUAUGCUGGCCUUACAUUUACCUCCCGAAAAGCUGUGUCCCCUGCUGAUGCCCAUGCUGGAAGAGGCCUUGCAGAAUGAGAACCCAUACCAGCGCAAGGCCGGGCUCCUGGUGCUGGCUGUGCUGUCCGAUGGAGCCGGUGACCACAUCCGGCAGAGACUGCUGUCCCCGCUGCUACAGAUCGUGUGCAAGGGCCUGGCUGACCCGUCGCAAGUCGUGCGCAAUGCCGCGCUCUUCGCCCUCGGCCAGUUCUCAGAGAACCUCCAGCCCCAUAUCAGCGGCUAUUCAGGGGAGGUGAUGCCCCUGCUCCUUGCCUACCUGAAGUCAGUGCCUGCUGGCCACACACACCAUCUAGCCAAGGCUUGCUAUGCUCUGGAGAAUUUCGUGGAGAACUUAGGGCCAAAAGUGCAACCCUACCUCCCAGAGCUGAUGGAGUGUAUGCUGCAGCCUCUGAAGAACCCCAGCAGCCCCCGGGUCAAGGAGCUGGCUGUGAGCGCCCUGGGGGCCAUUGCCUCAGCUGCCCAGGCCUCCCUGCUGCCCUACUUUCCUGCCAUCAUGGGGCACCUGCGAGAAUUCCUGUUGACAGGUCAGGAGGACCAUCAGCCCGUGCAGAUCCAGAGCCUGGAGACGCUGGGGGUACUGGCACGAGCUAUGGGGGAGCCCAUGAGGCCUCUCGCUGAGGAGUGCUGCCAACUGGGGCUGAGCUUGUGUGACCAGGUAGACGACCCUGACUUGCGGCGCUGCACGUACAGCCUGUUCGCAGCCUUAUCUGGACUGAUGGGUGAGGGCCUGGCACCCUACCUGCCACAGAUCACCACGCUCAUGCUGUUGUCACUGCGUUCCACCGAGGGCAUUGUGCCUCAGUACGACGGGAACAGCUCCUUUCUUCUGUUUGAUGAUGAGAGUGAUGGGGAGGAAGAGGAGGAGCUCAUGGAAGAGGAAGAGGAGGAUGACUCGGAGAUCUCAGGCUACAGUGUGGAGAACGCCUUUUUUGACGAGAAGGAAGAUGCCUGCACUGCCCUGGGGGAGAUCUCUGUGAGCACCAGUGUGGCCUUCCUCCCCUACAUGGAGAAGGUCUUUGAAGAAGUGUUCAAGCUGCUGGAGUGCCCUCACCCGAAUGUGCGGAAGGCAGCCCAUGAGGCCCUGGGCCAGUUCUGCUGUGCGCUGUACAAGGCCUGCCAAAGCUGCCCCUCAGAAGCCAACCCUGCUGCUCUGCAGGCCACGCUCGCCCGGGUAGUGCUAUCCUACAUGCAGGCAGUGAGCAGGGAGCGGGAGCGCCAGGUGGUGAUGGCCGUGCUGGAGGCCCUGACUGGGGUGCUGCGCAGCUGUGGGGCCCUCGCACUGCAGCCCCCCGGGCGCCUCUCUGAGCUCUGCAACAUGCUCAAGGCUGUGCUGCAGAGGAAGACAGCCUGUCAGGACACAGACGAGGAUGACGAGGAGGAGGAACAGGCUGAGUAUGAUGCCAUGCUGCUGGAGCACGCUGGCGAGGCCCUCCCUGCCCUGGCAGCUGCAGCUGGUGGAGACACGUUUGCCCCAUUCUUUGCUGGCUUCUUGCCACUAUUGCUUUGCAAGACGAAGCAGAAUUGCACUGUAGCGGAGAAGUCCUUUGCAGUGGGGACUCUGGCAGAGACCAUCCAGAGCCUGGGUGCUGCCUCGGCCCAGUUUGUGUCCCGGUUGCUUCCUGUGCUAUUGAGUGCCUCCCGGGAGGCAGACCCUGAGGUGCGGAGCAAUGCCAUCUUUGGACUGGGCGUGUUGGCAGAGCAUGGAGGCCGGCCCGUGCAGGAACACUUCCCCAAGCUGCUGGGGCUGCUGCUGCCCCUCCUGGCACGGGAGCGCCAUGACCGAGUCCGGGACAACAUCUGUGGGGCACUUGCUCGCCUGCUCAUGGCCAGUCCCAACAGGAAACCGGAACCCCAGGUGUUGGCCGCCGUGCUGCAUGCCCUGCCGCUGAAGGAGGACCUGGAGGAGUGGGUCACCAUGGGGCACCUCUUCAGCUUCCUGUACCAGAGCACCCCUGACCAGGUCGUAGAUGUGGCUCCUGAGCUCCUGCGCAUCUGCAGCCUCAUCCUGGCCAAUGACGAGAUCCCUGCAGAUACCAAGGCCGCCCUGCUGCUGCUCCUCACCUUCCUGGCCAAACAGCACAUGGACAGCUUCCACUCUGCACUGGGCUCGCUGCCUGGUGACAAAGCCCAGGAGCUCCAGGCCGCCCUGGGCCUCACCUAAACUGAGUGGCAGCCAGGCUGCUGACAACAGCCUGCCUAGGCCCAAACACCUCUCCGGCCAGCUCCAGCUCAUGCCUUAACCAAAGAUUCUGGGCUUCACAUCCACUUGGACUCAGCCCUGUUUUCUGCCAUGUGGAGUUGUCCCUGAAACUCAGUCUGUUAUGCUGUGGGACUAUAAAUGGGGUCACAACAUCACACUGUAAUAAAAGCAGUUUGUUUUCUGCUUGAA